GCUUGCCUGGAGCUGGAUUACUACAGCAAUGCCACACCUGCACCAUUCGCAGAUCUGGCAGGCGAUGCGUUUCUUCGGCUGCAGCACAGUGGUGACUUCUCUGCUGGUGGAGCAAGGCAGAAUUGCUCAAUGCUGCGGCUCUCUUGCCGUUGAUGUGUGAGGCUUUCUGGGCAGGGUGAAGGCAUCUCCUGGUGUCGGCUUUCUGCUGCUCUGGGGAUUUCCCAGGUUUCCGCAAGAAUUUCCUUUUAAGUCCCCUGGCUUUGCUUGUCCCCGUCCUCCUUCUGGGUGACUUCCAGGCUCCAGACAUGGGGCUCCCUAAAGCUUGUGCCUCUGCCGUGCUUUUGGUGCUGUCUGCUCUGGAGGCCUGUGCCCUGGACAGCUACAUUGCUGCUGUCUAUGAGCACAGUGUGGUGCUGUCAGAGGACACUGAAGUGCCAGUUUCUCCUGAGGAGGCCUUGAUGCUGAUGGACAAAAACCUGGCAAUUUUGGAAGUGGCCAUAAAAGAAGCAGCCAGACAGGGUGCCCAUAUCAUUGUAACACCUGAGGAUGGAAUUUAUGGCUGGGUCUUCACAAGAGAAACAAUCUACCCUUAUCUGGAGGAUAUCCCAGACCCACAGGUGGACUGGAUUCCCUGUGCUGAUCCUGGAAGGUUUGCUCCCUCACCUAUGCUGGAAAGACUGAGCUGUCUGGCAAGGAAUAACUCCAUUUAUGUGGUUGCGAAUAUGGGAGACAAGAAGCCUUGUAAUUCCAGUGAUCCAAGAUGCCCAAAUGAUGGUCACUAUCAGUACAAUACUAAUGUUGUCUUUGACUCAGAAGGGAAACUGGUGGCUCGCUAUCACAAGUACAACCUUUUUGUGACAGAGAAACAGUUUAAUUACCCUAAGGAUCCAGAAUUUGUGACUUUCAAUACAUCCUUUGGCUACUUUGGCAUUUUCACUUGUGCAGACAUACUCUACCACGACCCAGCUGUGGUCUUGGCAAGCAGAUUUCAGGUCGACACCAUUCUGUUCCCGACUGCUUGGGUUAACACUCUUCCACUGUUGUCAGCGGUCCAGUUUCACUCGGCCUGGGCGAUGGGAAUGGGCGUCAAUUUUCUUUCAGCAAAUUUGCACAACUCCACUUUAGAUAUAACAGGGAGUGGUAUUUAUGCCCCAGAUGGUCCAAGAGCGUAUUAUUACAAUACAGAAAUGGAAAAUGGUCACCUUUUGGUGACAGAACUGACUUCACGCCCACGUCUCUCUCCUGACUAUCCUGCUGUUGUUAACUGGAGGCUGUAUGCCAGCAGGAUCGAACAGCUUCCAUCAACCAACCACUAUUUCAGUGGGGUUGUUUACCAUGAUCUCUUCUCCUUCACGGAACUCACUGAACCUGAGGGAAAUUGUGCCGUUUGCCAUCAGGACCUCUGUUGCCAUCUGAGUUACAAGAUGGUAGAGAAGCAGAAAGAUGACAUUUAUGUUCUGGGUGCCUUUGAUGGGCUACAUGUUGUUGAAGGAGAGUAUUAUUUGCAGAUAUGCACUCUGCUCAAGUGCAAGAGCACAGACCCGGAAACAUGCGGGCAGCCGGUGGAGACAGCUCAGACCAGGUUUGAGAUGUUCUCCCUCAGCGGCACGUUUGGCACCAACUACGUCUUUCCAGAAGUCUUGUACAGCGGGGUGCAGCUGGCCCCCGGGGAGUUCAAGGUGCUAACUGAUGGACGUCUGAUAAGUCGGACUAGUACAUCAAAGCCAGUUUUGAGUGUAACACUCUUUGGGAGGUGGUAUGAAAAGGACCCUCCACACACAGAGCAAGCUUCACCAUGAUUUCACUGCAGAUCCUUUAAGAUCUCAUCUGCUUGUUUCUGUAACACUAAUUAAUCAUUAUAAAUCAUAAUGUCAAUUGAUGUUAAUUAAUGUUAAUACACAUAAUUAUAAUGACAUUCUGUUUAUCAAGUUGCCUUAUCUAACAGCAGAGUCAUUGCUCAUUGAUUUGUUGACUUGAUUUUGCAGCAAAAAUAAAUUACUGCUGGGCA